AUGUGCUGCAGCUGCGGGUAUCGUCGGCGCCAACAGUCAACGUAGUCGCGCAGUGGAAUAGCACUCACUCUACAGUUAAACGGUUAGUGCGACAAUCCCAUCUGCGAAGUUGCGAAGUCGCAGCCGGCUUCUCCAACAGGCUUAGAGCGUCGGAGGCGGUGGUUAAGAGCAGGAAACAUGGCCGGAGACUUCGUGCCCGGCCGACCCCUGCGUAAUUUGGCAAUGGCCGUGGCCGGUGUGUUCGGCUAUGCGGUACUACUGCUGAUGCAGUACUGCGUACUGGCGCACACGACGACCAAGUACUGGCUGCGCAAGUGGCGCCAUCGGAUUGAGCACGCGUCAAUCAAUGCGGCCACUGGCUAUGCCUCCGUGGUGGUCAUCAAGGAGCGGACACACGAGCUCGCCGACAAGCCCCGUAACGUGGGCCUGCUGUUCCUCGAAGAGAAGAUCGACCUCGAGGUCGUGGCCAAGGUCAUACUUUGGUGCCUGGCGCUGGGGGUCGAGUCGGUAUCUGCCUACGAUAUUAACGGAACUCUGCUGAACAAGUUGGACACGCUCAAGGAAAUUACGAGGAACACGCUCGUAGACGCCCGCUACAAGAAGAGCGCCGUCGAGUUUGUUGUGGCCAGACCUGAAGGCGAGGACGAUGGGCGCAGGGAAGGCGGCCAGAAAGAGUUCACGGGCGUCCCCGUGUAUGUGGUGACGCCGAUCGACGGCAAAGGCGGCCUUGUUGCGGCGUUCAGGAAAAUUUGCGACGACUGCAAGCUCGGCAUCAUCGACGAGAAGGACAUCACGCAGGAGAUGCUAGACAAAUACAUCAAAGCCGAGUACAGCGGAAUGCCGGAGCCGCAGCUAGCCAUGCGUUUUGGAGGAUGGGGCUCCGUUUUGGGCUACCCGGCGUGGCACAUAAACUACAGCGAAAUACUGGACCUGGGUAGCCACAGAAACGUGCUGCUGUCCGAGUUCAUCGAAAUCUUGGAAAAGUACAACAAAAUAGAGAAGCGUUUUGGCAAGUGAACGAGCAUCCUCGCCUCUUGUAGCUACAGAGGCAACCAGCGACGUGUUCCGUCAUGCUGCUUGUGUCGGUGACUCUGAUGGCCAGCAUGACGCAACCACUCCGGAGUGAAGUUCUCAUACGGGUCCAGCUUACGGUUGUGGACGCACACACUGCAAAAGGAGCACUUAGAUGCACCUGCAUACCUAUAUCCACCAUGCCAUUGCAACUCAUUUAACAAAACGUGGCGGCAAUUGCUGCGGCUGGAAGCUGUGCAUGACAGGAGAUAAUGAACGAACCGGCUGAACGUGAAGAGGUGGAAAUUAAUUAAACAUUCAGAAUAAAACAUUCAUCCACAUGCAGCGGAUAAACACACGACGUCUGUCAUAGCAGCUGAGUCGCUAUAGGACGUUGACUCCAAUAAAUGAAACCAAACCUUAAUUAAA